CAAAAGCGCAUCUUGUGUCAUCAUGGUCGGUGGCAUCUCCAUGCAAGGCAUCACGACAGUGGGUAUCAUCGGCGCUGGAUUGCUAGGAAGUGCCAUCGCAUUUGAUCUGGCGAUGCAUGGCGUGAAAGUGGUCCUGUUCGACCGCGACCCAACGAUCACGACGCCGGACGCCCUUCGACACGCCAGCUAUGCCGUCCUGCAGCCAUUGUGGCGACUGGGAUACAUCCCUCAAAUCAUGGUGGGCAAUGCUGUCAAGAACAUCCGCGGGGUCCAUACGCUGGAAGGAGUGGCGGAGCAUGCGCCGCAGUUGAUCAUCGAAGCGAUUCCGGAAGAUUUGGCAUUGAAGAAGAGCCUUCUCCGUGAACUGGAGAGACUGACCCCUCCCACGACCAUCUUGGGCACCUCUAGCAUAUCGUUGAACGUGAACGACAUUGCUGCAGGAUGCCUCCGCCCGGCCAACUUCCUCGGCAUUCGCUUCAUGCAUCCGUGCGUGCUCAUUCCGUUUGUGGAACUCACGGCCUCUGCGAGCACAGACCCCGAAACGCUGCUUCGCGUGCAAAGUUACUUGAGCACAGUGCACAAAAUAUGCAGCACUGGACCCACGCGACGGGUCCUCAAUAAAUCCGAUGUCAACUCGUAUCAACUGGAGCAUGCGAAGGCGUUGGGCUUCUACCACGAGUCCCUGCCCAUGGCCAAACCCGUCCCUGCAGCAUCCCUUGGCCACCGUCACGCGCAUUGAGUAAGAGUCUGUCUAGUCGAUUCAACGAUAACAAUACACUACAAUUGACUUUGCACAAAAAGGGCAAUUAUAUAAAUAAUGGACGACU